CUUCAAUGAAGGUUACAGGUUGCUAAGAUAACUGUGACAGGUGACCACCAAGAUCAUCCGCAGGAAAAUACAUUUCUGGUAAGUCACGAACUCUGCUACUCAUCAUUUGACCAACAUCCCUGCAAGAUUCAGAGUUGUUUUUAUUUAUGGUUUUCAAAUAAUUAUGUUUCUGGAACACUGUGUGAGCAGUGUCUAAAAUGACCUAAAUUUGGGCACUUACAAUAACCACACUUGUGAACAUUACCAUCACUGUGGACUUUCCUGCCUUUUCACAUGCUGAUUUCACUGUACACAUAAAUGCACACUACACAGUACAUUAGCUGAGAUAGAACUGGAUCCUUAUUGGCUGAGAGGAGAGAUGACACUCUGCUUCCUGCUCUAUAUAAACUCCCUGUUCCCUUACUGCAGACACACUGCUGAUAAAUUUCACAUAGAGAUCACACUGCACUAUGGAUAUUUACUUCCCUUCUAGCUUUCCAAUGUGUAGAGGAAUAACAGGGCUGUCAAACAAUUGCCUGGAAAGGGCCAAAAGAUUAAAGGCAUGCGUUGGUGGAUUUCUGCAGAGACAAGAUUUAAGCAGCCUAUGUAAAUAUAGAAAACCAAGGUUGACCUUGGAGGAAUGUCUGAUGUGGAAAGAGUCUUUUGAGAAGCUUCUGACCAGCAAACAUGGACUAUAUGCCUUCAAAGCUUUCCUGGUAUCUGAGUUUAGUGAAGAAAACAUUGCCUUCUACCUGGCCUGUGAGGACUACAAAAGCACAAAGUCUGCAGCUAAGAUGCCAUCCAAAGCCAAGAGGAUCUACGAGGAAUUUAUCGGAAGUGAAGCUACUAGAGAGGUUAACAUUGACUAUGAGACUCGAGACAUCACUCAAGCCAACUUGAAAAGCCCUACGGCAUCCUGCUUCGAUAUGGCCCAGUACCGCAUAUAUAUUCUCAUGGAAAAGGACUGUUACCCACGAUUCCUGCGCUCCACUGCCUACAGAAAUCUAGUCAACCAGCUCACAGUGAAGAGCGCUAAGGCAAGAAACAAAAAGGCCAUUGCAGCCAGACCACCAUGUGAAGAAGACGAACCAAAAUGAAAAACGGAGGUGCAUUUCGGUUCUGUGAAAGAUGGAAGCUCGGGCAGGAA